ACCGCGGCAUCGUCCAGCAUGGAGCUUUUCGAGACCAACCCGUACUUCUUCCCCGACCAGCGCUUCUACGAAGGAGGAGACACCUACUUCCCCUCUCGUCUGCCCGGGGCGUACGACCAACCCGGCUACCAGGACAGGAACUCCAUGAUGGGCUUGUGCGGGAAUCUGUCGGGGGCCGUCGGGGUCGGAGUGACGGGCGCGGAGGACAAAGCCUCUCCGUCCAGCCUGUCGCCUCACGCCGAGCCCCACUGCCCGGGCCAGUGCCUGCCCUGGGCCUGCAAGCUGUGCAAGAGGAAGACGGUGACCAUGGACCGCCGGCGAGCGGCCACGCUGAGGGAGAAGAGGCGUCUGAAGAAGGUGAACGAGGCCUUCGACGCGCUGAAGAGGAGCACCCUGAUGAACCCCAAUCAAAGGCUGCCCAAGGUGGAGAUCUUGCGGAGUGCCAUCCAGUACAUCGAGAGACUGCAGGCCCUGGUGUCUUCCCUCAACCAGCAGGACAGCGAGACCGGACAGCAGGGACUGCACUACCGACCCAGCACCGGCCAGCCAAGAGUGUCGUCAUCAAGCGAGCCCAGUUCGGGCAGCACCUGCUGCAGCAGCCCGGAGUGGAGCAGCACCCCAGAGCAGUGCACGCAGAGCUACAGCAGCGAGGAUCUGCUGAGUGCCGCUGACUCUCCGGACCAGGGGAACAUGCGCGCCCUGACCUCCAUCGUGGACGGCAUCACUGCAGCCGACGGGCCCGUGGCCUUUCCUGUGGACAUUCCCAAAUAGACUCUCCAACCGGCGGACCCGUAGGUGC